AAAUUAGGGCUCGCCAUGUUCGGGUCAUUCCAGCUCAAAUUGGUUCUUAUUAAACUAAAACCCUAUUGGAAAACUAUAAACCCUAAACACUCGCAGAACACAAAGAACCAAAUACCACUAACGGAAGAUCUGAAGCUUGGGCUGAAUUUGUGGAAUUCAAGGUUUGUGGAAGCCAUGGCUCGUGUCCGAAAUAAGAAGAAGAAGGUGUUUAUGAAGCCAGUUGUGAAGAAGAAUCAACCUAGUGUGGAUCAUAUCACAGGCAAUAAGAUUCCUAAGAGCUUUGUGUUUUCAAGAGGGAAGUUGCCUGGUCCUCUUAGGCAACUUCAAAUGGACUUGAGAAAGUUGAUGCUUCCCCAUACUGCUCUCAAUCUUAAGGAGAAGAAGCGGAAUAAUCUCAAAGACUUCUUGAAUGUUGCUGGGCCUAUGGGUGUAACACAUUUCCUCAUAUUGUCAAAAACUGCAACUGCACCCUUCCUGAGGGUUGGAAGGACUCCACAAGGCCCAACUCUUACAUUUAAAAUAAAUGAAUACUCAUUGGCAGUUGAUAUUGCACAAUCUCAAUUGCGUCCUAGAUGUCCUCAAGAUCUUUUCAAAAAUCCUCCUCUGAUUGUUCUUUCCGGUUUUGGUACUGGUGAUCAACAUCUAAAGCUCACAACCAUAAUGUUUCAGAACAUCUUUCCUGCUAUUGAUAUAAACACUGUCAAACUUUCUUCUUGCCAGAGAAUUGUAUUGCUUAAUUACAACAAAGAUACAAAGCUUAUUGAUUUUCGGCAUUAUUCCAUAAGGUUACAGCCUGUGGGUGUCUCCCGUAGAAUCAGAAAAAUUGUGCAGAACCAUCAAGUUCCUGAUUUGAGGAAUCUUCAAGACGUGAGCGACUUUGUCACAAAGGUUGGGUAUGGAUCAGAAAGUGAAGCAGAUGAUGAAGCGGCGACUGUGACUUUGGCUAAUGAUCUUGGUAGAAUUAACAAGGCUUCGACAAAAAGUGCUGCCAAGCUUCAAGAGAUUGGACCCAGAAUGACUCUUCAACUCAUCAAGAUUGAGGAAGGAUUAUGUUCUGGUGGAGUCAUCUUCAGCGAAUAUGGAAAUGGUGAUGGCAAGAAGAAGCAGGACAAGGAAGACACAGAUGAAAAUGAGGAAGACAUGGAUGAAGAUCAAGAAGAUAUUGAAGAAGAUCCGGAAGGUGAAGCAGAAGACUAGCUACUGGCCAAGUUGGGAACUGAAGUGGAUAGCAGUCUUUUUGAUAUUCGAUACCUCACUUGCUCAUCCAUCAAGGGAAAUUAUAAGGUGCCGAUAAUCACCAACCCUGCUGAUCUCUCUCUCUGCUCAGUAGAGAGAGAGGGAGAGAUCUCCUUAUUAAGGAUUUGGGUGUCUCUGUUGCCCACAGUCUUAAAUAUUAUGUUCUUGUAUUGUUGUAAAUGAAAAAAAAAAAAAACCAUUAAUUGAGUUCAAGAAAAGAAUCUUUGGGUCUGAAUAGGCUUGGGUGUAUUCUAUGUCUAUUUAGAAUAUAUUGGGAACAGUAUGCUGAAGGCAUGGGCAUUGCCAUGCAUAGUCAAUGACUUCUAAUUUUAUUA